ACCAAAGGAGAACAAACGUAAUUCCAUCUGUAAAUAAUUUCCUGUGUUGUUAAAUUGGACAACUAAAUACUCCUGCACCAUUUCCGAAGACGCUAACAAAAAUGAAAUUUAAAACAACCUUGUAGGCACAUGCGCGGACAUAUACAGACAUGUGCGCCUCUAACUACACCAGUUGUUUUCCCACGCACUUAUGCGCCCACAAUUGGCGACAGAAGCCAUCGCCGCUGGUGCAUUAGCCGAGACUGCAAUAACCGACAAAAUGCUGCUGCUGGAUGAGGAUAUCCUCAUCACUCAAGCGUACAUACUACGCCAAUUCGACGCGUUUUAACUUUGAUUGAUAGUCGCUGGUGGAAUGUCAAUAGUAGCCACAGAGUGAUGCAUUCAAGCAGAAUAUGUCACUAACACUCAGUAUCUCAACGGAAAAUCUGAUAUAGUAUCUCUUAAAUACAGUGCGACUGAAUCAAAUAUGGGAGCUGCCACCGCAACAGCUCUCCAUGUCCGUGUUGAUGCGGGCAUGCAGGGCGGCAGCCUUACCACCUGGACCGUUGUAUCACGAAAUAAAUUUAUGCAUAAAGCAACACAUAUCUAUUUAUUCAACUUGGCUGUUUCCGAUUUGUUGGUGCUGCUGUCAGCAUUUAACCCCGCUUCAACUUGGCUGUCUCUGUAGUACUCUUUGCUUGCGACCUGAAUGAGCAAAAACUGUCAAACUUUGUGCACAUCAGCGUGGAGUCAAAUGUCGAUGGCAGUUGCUUGGUCAGAUGCAUACCGGUCAGCGGAUGCGCAUUUUCACUGCUGGCAUAGUACUCGUCUGUCUGAAGCAUAACUGUCAGCACGCCGAAUAUUGAAGAUCUCCUUAUUGAUUUUUUUUUGGAAAUCUCCAUAAUUUGGCGAGUUUGCUGAAUUUGGGCUUCCAGCCUACAUGAAGGAAAUAAGCCAGCUAUGCCACGCCUUGGCUGAAUCGACCAAGUAGUAUGCGAAUUUCGGUGUUAUCACGAAGAUGAGUAAUUGUUACUUGAACGAGCCGAUCGAUAACAAUGUUGCGAAACUUGGUACACUGCGGACCACACGAUGUUGAUUGCAAAUUUCUGAUCGAGCGCAGAGAGAAGCAGCAGCAAGAUCAGCAAAAAGAUAAAACUAUCGCAAAUGCAGGAGAAUGGCAAUUUGGAGCAAGUGCGCUUCGAAAAUAUGAAUAAAAUAAAUAUUUUUUUUUUAUAAGAUGGAUUGGAAAAAGUAUCUAGUGGUCUAUUAUUUGCAAAUAUUAAAAUUAUUUGAGUAUAUAAUAAAUAUUCCACGUCUUAGCGCUAAUAAACAUAGAUGUAAUGCAAGAUAUAUGGAUAUGCGGCACCAAUUCGCAUUAAUGUCACUCGUCAGCUUUGGUGUCCGUUUGCUGAAAAUGUUCAUUGCUACUCAUCAAGUGAAUAAAUUAAAUACUCACUGUAAAUCGUAUUUACUUAAGUCAUCAAUUUUCUUAAGAUUCUUUUUAUUCCAUAUAAGUUGUAUGUUUCCAACUCGAUGAAAGUAAUAUACUCAUCACGUAACUUC